UAUUUUAAUGACAAUUGGUUACCAACAAAAAUAGAAGUCAAAACUGACACAAAUGAAACCUACAUCUUCCCCCUGUACACCUGGAUUACUGACAAUGAGAAACACUACUUCAGAGAGGGUCAAGCUUUUAUACCCUCACAGGACCCUUUUGACUCAUGCAGUCGACAGGAAGAGCUUGAUAAUCGGCAAGAAGCAUAUCACUGGAAAAUAUCUGGAAAAAGAAUACCUGAUCAUAUCAAAGCAAAAUAUUGCACGGACCUGCCUUUAGACGCCUGGUUCAUAUUCAGCAAGUUCACCGGUUUUGUGACUACGGGAAUUAUGGGCAAAAUAUGGGAAGAAUGGAAGAAACCCUGGUUUUUCAGUGAUAAUAAAUGGUCUGGUUUUGAUGAGAUCGGUGGGAUGAUGGAUUACAGCAAAAACAAAAUUUUGGACUAUGUCAGAAACAACUGGAAUAAAGAUGAUUUCUUUGGCUACCAGUUCCUGAAUGGUCUUAACCCCAUGGUGAUCAGACGCUGUGAUACCCUGCCUGACAACUUUCCUGUCACUGAUGACAUGAUCAGCCAGCACAGCAAUGGUCCCUCUUGGCUGGAUCAGGAAAUGCAGUGUGGCAACAUAUUUCUGUGUGACUACAAGAUGUUGGACAAAGUAGAAGCAAGAAAAAUAGAUGGAAAGCAGCAAUACCUGGCGUUGGGGCUUAUGAUGUGUCAUGAACACAUGACAAUGCUCAAGUAG